CUCUCCCAAACCAUUGCAAAUCUCGCAAAUUCCUCAAUCCCGCUAAUCCCCCGUCCAUCCGCCCGCUCCAGCCAACAAGAAGAAAGGGGCAAAAAAAUAAUUAACUUCGAUGCGCAUCGUCCGUUCGUUGGCUCAAUAGUUCGGCGUCACUACGCUCGUUCGUCUUGCGACCCGUCCCGGCCGCCGCCCGUCGCCGCCGCCGCACGCACGGCGCGCAACGCACACACGCACAAGCAGGGCGCCCGCCGCUCCACUCCAUCGUAUGAUUUUGUCGAUCGAUGGUUGAGAGGGACCCUUGGGCCUUGCUUGGAUUCACGAACAGACAAUAAAGAAAAUAUAGCGUGGAUGGGGGGUUUUGGAGAGGGAGGAUCGUACGAGGUUUUAUACUUUGGGAGCGUGUGGUGGUUUAUUGCGUUGGGUUGGUAUUAGCAACAUUUUUUUCUUUUUGUGUUGUCGUGCGCAUAUAUGAAAAGUACACAGUUAACGACAAUAUUAAUAAUUGUUCUAUCUCUAGUCCUGCAAUUGCGCAACAUAGCGGUAAUUUAUGGAAUUCGUAAAGCAGAAUUCUUUUUGAGCGUUUUGUUGAACGGAUACCCUCCAAGAUGUACGGACGGAUAGACAUAGCCAGCACACCCAAACACAAACAAUAUUUUUCCCUUCCAACAAGCAACAAAACCCGCCAAUGCUGUAAAAAUAAAAGGCAAUCUCGCGAAAAUGCCAGACCGAAACGCGCCUGAGAUGCAGGAGGAGAGACUAAGAGCAAAUAAACAACAACCAAAAUAAAGAACGGAAGAUCAAUAUAGUACAGAGGAACGAUAGAUCAUAGGGUUUCCUUUCAUAAGAGAUAUAGGCAUCAAGGGCGCUGCAGAAGAUUGCGCUU